CUCUUUUAUUCUUCUUCUUCUUCUUCCAUCCUAUUUUUUUUUUUUAAUUCUUUUUCUUCUUUUCACGCAGCUCAGUCAAAAAAACGACAAAGCUCUGCUCAUCUUUUUCGUUUAUCUGUUCACCUUGGUAAUUUUUUAUUUUCCUAUCCAACAUGGAUUACUUUCGAGUCCCACGAGCACUGCCAGACGAAACGAGUCCUGAUACUCAACCACAAGUAGGCGGAUCAUGUGAGCUAAUGAGCUCCUUCGCCAUCAUUGUGCAACUGCUCCUUGCUACCAUCGCUUUCUCUACUCUCAUCUUCAAACGCAGCAAAGAAAGGCCAAUGCGUCCUCUCAAAGUCUGGAUAUACGAUGUUAGCAAACAAAUUGUCGGCGGCGUUGUUAUCCACUCACUCAAUCUCUUGGCAGCCACACUCUUUGGACUUUCUUCUGAACAAAAGGAUUCCAACCCAUGCAUCUGGUAUUUCUUGAACAUCUUCUUGGAUACAACAUUCGGAGUGGGAGUUUUAUAUCUGUUCCUCAAGGCAGCAGACAUGUAUUUCAUACAUGCUAGGAUGGAUGAAUUGAAAACUGGAGAUUAUGGAAACCCACCACAGUUUGAACGCUGGUGGAAACAGACCCUUGUCUUUUCUACAGGAUUGAUUGUCAUGAAGAUCAUUGUCGUAAUCGUCUUGACCUGGCCUUUCCUUUUCACAUUCGGCGAGUGGUUUUUGGGCUGGACAUUACAGAAUGAGAAGCUGCAGAUUGUUUUCGUAAUGUUGAUUAUACCCUUGAGCAUGAACAUCGUUCAGUUCUGGAUCAUUGACUAUAUCUUGAAGCAGAAGCCAACCGAAAAAUUCCCUAUCCGGAUAGACGAAGAUGAGGAGGACCUCUAUGGAUUGGUGGGAGGUCUGGAGCGAAACUAUGAAGAAGACGAGGAUGAGGAUGAUGGGAUGGAUAGGACUGGUCUGAAUACAGCGAAUGAUCUUCAUUCAAGAGAGGAGCACGAUAGAGUAGGUUCACAUCACCAUCAUCAACAACCCUUGAUAGACCGGCUAGAACUGGAGACAGAAGAGAACGUAGCGUCCAAACAUAGAGAUUCUGAGUAUGGGCAAUUCACUUCAGGGUCAACAAGGAGGCUUUGAAAUAAUCCAAAUCAAAAAUAUGAUCAUAAUGGACUAACAGACCCAUCCAGUGAAC